AUGGCCAUCAAUAUGUAUGAUCAGCUCGUCGAAGCCUGCCGUGAGGCCGAGAACUGGCCUUUGAACCUGUUACGAAAGCAGCAGCUAAAUCGAGUUCUCUGCAACUACCAACAGAGGCUACAUGCGGACGAGAGUCGGCUCUUGGAUACAAAACGAGCAUCUGUGGACUUCUGGGAAGCCCCGAUCGGCUCAGCGAACUUCCAGGAGACAACGAUCAAAAGCAUUGAAGAACUCAUCCAACACUUUCAUAAAUACCUCCUUAAUCGUAUCAAGGACCCAAAAAGCCGUCACGUUUAUGAGCAGGUGUCGCCAAUCCUCAUAGACGUCUUGGCCUCCUUUGGAAAACAGCGAGCACCCCUAGGCUUUCAAUCUGCCUCGUUCUGCCAAGAUGAUUUGGCAAAACCAAAGACAUCGAGUCCCAACACCAAGGCGAAAUGGUCCAUGCGUCAAACUGCUGUCUAUCAUUCAUUCGAUCUGGAAAAUGGCCGCGCUUUUUGGCUGACUGUUAAGGCUAAUAAUGAGAUCCGGGACAGGAUCAUGGAGGGAACUGAGUCUCUUGAAGCCAUGCGAGCCUCUAACUCUUCCGGUCUGGGUCCGUCAUUCGUUGCCUGCCUCAACACUCAUCUCAUUGCCUUUGAUUGGUGUACAGAGGGCUGGCGGUGGCACUUGGGCGACAUCGAAAAUGAUGUAAGGGAGAUCCUCGUAAAAGUCAAAGGCACGCCAAUCGAGCCUUUGGGCGAUGAACUCAAUUUCACACCUCGGCUGAUCAGCGCCGCCACUAUGCCGUCACUGAGAGACAGGGAAGGCUCCAUGAUCUCGAGACAGAACACUUUGCCGUCAGUAAAUGGUCCAAUUCAGGCCCUCAAUGCAGUAAAAGCUGGACUCACAAACGUGCGCGGAACAUUGAAUGCAAUGGUAGCAGAAGCCGAAGUCGAAAAGAGCCAAGAGACAAACCCGCCUAGGGAUGUUCAAGCCGACCAACAGGAGAAAAUAUCGAACCAUUUGGAAAAGUUGAAGACCUUUUCGUUCGCCGAGUUCCAAAGAUUGAACUUCUACACCACAAAAUUGCAAGAAGCAAAGUUAGCAAUGCACCUCAAUCUCGGGGUUUUGAGAGGUACUCGAGAAUACUAUAAGCAAAGAUAUCAGUCAACUCAAUUCCCGUCUGCGAUCAAGGACUUUUCCGAGAUUAAUGGAUCGUAUGAGAAUUUCACUCAACGAGUCACAAGUCUCGAACAGGACCUUGAAGCAGACAUUGCGAGGGCUGAGGCCCUCAUCCUAUCCAUUGAGGAUGGGAAACGCUUAUACGAUUCAAUUCUUCAGUCGUACAAUAUGGAGAUAAAUAGACUCUUCACGCUCAGUGGCCACGGAAUAUCUGAGAGGAUGGAGGAUUCCGCCAUGCGGAUGGAGAAAGUCACAGACAGCAUGCUGAAAAUCGCACACGCGACAGCACGAGAUUCCGCAUCCAUGAGCGCAAUCACAUUUGUGACUCUAGUACUACUGCCAGGCACCUUCCUCGGGACAUUCUUCAGUACCCCAAUCGUCAAUGCACCCGAGGACAACCCUCAAACAUGGAACAUCAACUGGAGUGUCUUUAUGCUGUUUCUAAAGAUAUGUAUCCCAAUGACGGUUCUUGUGAUGCUUAUAUGGGCCCUGUACAUGACAUUUAAGGCAGAAAAUUGCGAAAUCUCCUUGGAGGUCACGACGGGUAAGUAUUCAUCAGAACAGGGUCCGAGAUACCAGGAAAACAAUGCACUGAACGUCUACCUGUCCUCCGUCAGGGGAAUAUGCAAUUCAGCUAGCAGCAAGUCUCCGGUUUUCACUCUGCAUUCAAAUCCAGCUUGGGCUCAAGGAUAUCAUGGGGAGAGUAGCUACGACCGCUUCAGAGUCCACAUCAAGGAACACCUUGAAAAUGGAUACGAGGCUCAAGGGUCACCCGCUAAGUUCGCCUCUAAGUACUGUCUGAUGAAGUACUGGACUGUGGACCUCGUCAAAGAGAUCGUGUUCGCUACAGAAGACAUCGACUAUCAGAUCGUUGAGAUCCGCGAACAGUAUUUGCGCAUAUCCUCCAUUCUUGUGUGGAUAUCUACGACUGGUCGAUCAUACGUCCGGUACCUCAAACACUUCGUUCGAAAUGGUAGAGACGACAAUAGCUUGCCAUUCACGGGACGCCCGGACUUCUUUCCCAACGCCAAUGACAGCGAAAUAUUCUGGACAGCUUUCUUCGAGAACCAAUGGAUGUUCUGCCCGGUCCAGCUUGGACCCAAUCGCUUAAAUAACAGAAAUCUGCACGCGAAUCAAAUAUUGCCACUCACCAUUGGCGAAGAACUGGGCGCUCAAAAUAUCGGCAGACCAGCUAGUAUUCACCUUGCGCAUGCAUCAGAGAUGCUUGCGCGGACAUAUCCGACGGACUGCAAUCUGGUACUCAAAUCAUAUGGCAGCUUGCACGAGAGCAAUUAUUACAACGAGAUCAGGGCCUAUAAUGCUUUCGACAACGCCACGCCUUGCGAGAACAUAGUGAAAUGCCUUGGGAGUUAUCAAGUGCAACCGCUUGCCCCAGGAAGUGGAUUGAAAUUCACAAUUCUACUUGAGUACGCGAAUCGGGGCUCGCUUCUAGAGGUUUACCAGAAAAACGACCCGCCCUUCACAUUUGCAGAGACAAAGGCUUUCUGGUCGAAUCUCCUUCAAGUAGCAAAGGGGCUCAUGGUCGCUCAAAAUACGCCGCCUAAGAGGACUGGAGCUAGCUGUGUUCAUCAAGAUCUCAAACCGUCCAACAUACUCGUUUUUGGCCGUGAAAAUGUUUCCUCAUCUGAAAACGACUUGACUUUCAAGAUCAGUGACUUUGGGAACAGUCAUACGAGAAGAUCAGCGCCAGACGAUCCAGGAAGACUUGGCUACGACAAUGGUAGUACACGAACCUACUGCCCACCUGAACUUCACUGGAAUCAUGAAGUUGAUUUUAUCCGCGGACGGAUUGAAUUCCAGCAACGACGUCGGAGCGAGAACGGAGAGAAUGCUCCCACACAGCAGGGCCUAGGUCGUAGCGACAGUUUUCAUAACGGCCACGCACGGCUCAAGACAGUCGAAGACGUCCUCGAUCUCGUCCAGAGACACGGCCGAAGGUCUGAUGAACUCACCCCGAAAAUCGUCAGCCUUGUCCUACAGCAUCUUCUUGUCCAUGAGAACUCCCGAUACGACGCAAGAGUCCUCUCCAGUGAAUUGGAUAACAUGAUUAGGACUACCACUGAAAGGCCUGGCGACCAUCUUUUCCGCAGUAUCUCAGCGGCAUCAUCAGUCUCCCAGAGUCACAGAAGUCCCCAAUAUGGUACUCAAACACCCUCCACAACGAUCAAUUUGAUGAAUCAGACUCAUGGAUCUUUUACGGAAAGAGCCCCAACUAUGAGCACGAUUCCGGGCGGAGAUUUCAGCGUUCACAGCCCGAGCAACCCUGCAGGACCAUGGGACCAUUACGAUGGGGGCGAUCGGUCAGGGGCACAGUCAGCAUCAUACCGCGCACGCGCGAUCCUCCGGUUCACCGGGGCCAGCUCCGAGAGCAGCGACGACUUUGACAAAUAG